AUGGUCUGGGUAUCCAACCGCUCGAGCCAAUCCAUCAAGCUCUGGAUCACCGUCAAGAACGGCGUCGGCUCGGACCACUUCUACCGCGUCACGCCGGAGGUCGCGCUCCUCGAGUCGUGGGCGAACAACCACUGGGCGCGGAAAGGCGUCGAGACGGCGCACGUCACGCUCGAGCGCAGCGGCCGCAAGUUCGAGGCGGCGGUGGGCGCGCUGGAUGUGCUGACGGUGUACGACGAUGCGUAUGUCGUGCAGCCGUCUGCUAAGGGAUCAGAUAUCAAGCGCGGUACGGUGGAGGCGGCUUGA